UCAAUUUCUGUUUGUGUAGCAAACUUUUAUUCUGGCGAAAAAAAUUAUCAUACCCUGAGCCUUAAGAUGUCAGUGUUCUGUGUUUAGAAGAAACCGGACAAUCAUCAUGAAUCUUGAUAGACUUCGUAAGCGUGUGCGGCACUACAUUGAUCAGCAACAAUAUCAAAGUGCUCUCUUCUGGGCUGACAAAAUCGCGUCUUUAUCACAUGAGGACCCUCAAGACAUCUAUUGGUUAGCACAGUGCCUUUUCCUCACCUCACAAUAUCACAGAGCCUCUCAUGCUCUCCGCUCACGCAAACUUGACAAGUUGUAUGGAGCCUGUCAGUAUCUUGCUGCAAGAUGCCAUUAUGCUGCCAAAGAGUACCAGCAGGCUCUGGAUAUACUGGACAUGGAGGAACCUGCCAGCAAGAAAUUAUUGGACAAAAGUGUUAAAGAGGACAAUGGCAUCAGAGAAGCAUCAAAAGAAUGGGAGGUGUCCCCAACCUCUAUCAAUAGCUCCAUCUGCCUCUUGCGGGGGAAGAUCUAUGAUGCCAUGGACAACAGACCACUGGCCACAUCCAGCUACAAAGAGGCGUUGAAACUGGACGUCUACUGCUUUGAAGCCUUUGACCUUUUAACGUCCCAUCACAUGUUGACUGCUCAAGAGGAAAAGGAAUUCUUGGACUCUCUUCCCAUAAGUCAGCAGUGCACUGAAGAGGAAGAGGAGUUGCUGCGCUUUCUUUUUGAGACUAAGUUAAAGAAAUAUAACAAACCCAGUGAGAUGGUCAUUCCAGAAAUGGCCCAUGGUCUCCAGGACAACUUGGAUGUAGUUGUCUCUCGUGCAGAGCGACAUUAUUACAACUGUGACUUCAAGAUGUGCUACUCUCUUACAUCUACGGUAAUGGUGAAAGAUCCGUUCCACGCUAAUUGUUUACCAGUGCACAUAGGAACACUUGUUGAACUCGGCAAAGCCAACGAAUUAUUUUACCUCUCCCAUAGGCUAGUGGAUUUGUAUCCCACCAAUCCAGUCUCUUGGUUUGCUGUCGGAUGCUAUUAUCUCAUGGUUGGACACAAAAAUGAGCAUGCGCGGCGAUACCUUAGUAAAGCCACCACACUGGAGCGCACGUACGGACCUGCUUGGAUUGCGUAUGGUCACUCAUUUGCAGUGGAAAGUGAGCAUGACCAGGCCAUGGCAGCCUACUUCACUGCUGCCCAGCUGAUGAGGGGGUGCCAUCUGCCCAUGUUGUACAUUGGUCUGGAGUAUGGACUCACCAACAACUCAAAGCUGGCUGAGCGCUUCUUCAGCCAGGCGCUCAGCAUUGCUCCUGAGGACCCGUUUGUCAUACAUGAAGUGGCAGUGGUGGCUUUCCAGAAUGGCGACUGGAAGACAGCAGAGAGAUUGUUUCUGGAUGCAAUGGAAAAAAUCAAAGCCAUUGGGAAUGAGGUGACUGUGGACAAAUGGGAACCAUUGCUGAACAAUUUGGGUCAUGUAUGUCGAAAACUCAAGAAAUAUGAGCAGGCUCUCGAGUACCACCGGCAAGCGCUGGUGCUCAUCCCUCAGCACGCGUCCACUUACUCAGCCAUCGGCUACGUGCACAGCCUCAUGGGUGAUUUUGAGAGUGCCAUCGACUACUUUCACACUGCACUUGGUUUGAAAAGGGAUGACACGUUCUCCGUCACUAUGCUUGGCCACUGCAUCGAGAUGUACAUUGGCGAGACAGAUGCUUACAUAGGAACAGACAUCAAAGACAAAGUGAGGAAGACUAUAAGCACACCAGCCUUGAUGAAGAUGCUCAACUCUUCCUCAGACAAUGAUGACAGUCGGGCUCAGCCCCUGGAGGAGAGUGGCAUUAUGGCGUUGGAGACGCCGCCUAAUUCAAACAAGCCUCCCAACACCCUCCAGCGCUUCCUGUUGGAAUGUGAUAUGCAUGAAAGUGACAUGAUGCUAGGCACUUCCCUGUCUGACACCAGCACGUGAUGGGACUGCUAAAUGGGGUGAACAUGGCACUCUAGGAAGAUUGGUGUAAACCAGAUGCAUAAUCCUUGUGAAUAACCGAAAAGAAGAACGCACCAACUUGGAGGACACAUGCCCCCAUCCAAAAUCAAUUUCA